AUCGUGAUCUAGUUCGGUUCGUGUGGACCAGAACGCAAAGUACAACAGGAUUUUUUCGUUCCGUGUGACGUGAAAAGUGCACAUAGUGUUUGUUCGAAUUAGUUUAAGGCUAGUUAACUAACUAAACAAAUAGCCAUGUCGUUUGCGGAAAAGAUAACGGGUCUGCUGGCACGGCCGAAUCAACAAGAUCCAAUUGGACCGGAGCAGCCCUGGUAUCUCAAAUAUGGAAGUCGAUUGCUGGGCAUUGUGGCCGCCUUCUUUGCCAUUCUCUUCGGCCUGUGGAAUGUGUUCUCCAUCAUCACUCUCAGCGUAUCCUGCCUGGUGGCUGGCAUCAUUCAAAUGGUGGCAGGAUUUGUGGUGAUGCUCCUGGAGGCUCCCUGCUGUUUCGUGUGCUUCGAGCAGGUGAAUGUGAUCGCGGAUAAGGUGGACUCCAAGCCCUUGUACUUCCGGGCCGGGCUCUACAUUACCAUGGCCAUUCCGCCCAUUAUUCUGUGCUUCGGACUUGCCAGCUUAUUUGGCAGUGGCCUGAUCUUUGGCACUGGCGUGGUCUACGGCAUGAUGGCGUUAGGAAAGAAAGCUUCUCGAGAGGACAUGGCCGCCGCUGCCACAUCGCCCACACAGAUGGCCGGCAGUCAGGCGGGAGGUCAGAUGCAGAUGGGCGGCGAUCAGCAUAUCACACUCAUGGAAGAUCCCGAUGUCUGGCGCCCCACAUAAAUUCCUAGCCGCGCCAUUAGUAACUGCCAAAAACCACACUCAGAUACAGAUAAAGACACAGACACUCAGAUACAUCCACACACAAAAUACUCCACUAGAAAUGCGAACGAUGCAAGAAUUGAUCGAGUAACAAAUAUUUUACGGCGCCUAGUUUUUAGUGUUCGUUCCGAGGAUAAAUGUAACUAAAUGAAGAGGAAAAUCACUACAAAGCAGCAUUGUAGGGCAUCAGAGAACUAGUAUACAGAACACCCCACCAAAUACAAAAAUAAAUUGACCGAAAUUCUCAUUACUGUUAAACCGAGCGUGUUAGAAGUCAAAGUGUAUUUGGGACAAAUGCAUUUCCGUCAUUCGUCCCCUUUUUUCAUGAGAUUCGUAUUCAUAUUACAAUUUUUUAGUAUCUUUUGUCCAGCGGUUGGUGUUGUUGAAAACUACAGUUAAAUAUAUUAUAUGCAUAGAGAAACUACUGAUAACAAUAACGUAACUCACAUGUCAAGCUGCAGCAAGCAUAUAUUUUUAGUGAGAAACUAUAUUUGAAAGCUAACCGAAUGCAAGAGAAACCUAUAAGUUAACCACAGCUUCCACACACUCACACACAGCUAAUGCUAAUGAAAAGCCACUGAUGAUAUGGCCAAGUGAAUGCCGAGAAACUAGAGCAAUAUGUACAACUCAGAAAGUAUUAACUUUAUAUGCUUUGCUUCGAUGUAAACCAUAAAAUUAAAUGUUAAACGUUAUUUGAGAAUCGAUUUGCUCGCAGGAUAGUCACAAUUUGAAAUUGAACAUAAUCAAGCAUACAAAUAGAAUAUAUAUA